UCUCUCCCUCUCAGCUCUUCUCUUUAAUUACUUUUCUUUCCCUUUUUGUUCAUAUCUUGUAGUUUUCUAAUUAAUUUUUUUCUUGUAUUCUUUGUUUGUUCCAUGUAUGUCCUUGCAUUAUGAUUAUUAUUACUAUUAUUGUGUGUGAGGUUUUGAUUUGAUGUGGGUUUCUUGUGCAAGGUAGUGAUCAUCCCAUCUUUUGAGCUUGUGUUCAAAAAUUUGUAGGCAAAUUGUUGGUUCCUUAAAAGUAGGGACUUUUAGUUGGAGUUUAAGAAUUUUUAGGGCUACUUAGUCUUUCUAGGUGUAGAUAUUUAUGUGUGCAGUCAAACGAUCACAAUUAUUAUAACGAUUAACAGUUGGGUCUUUGUGUCUGGUGCUUAAUUUUGAAGAUUUGAGAUUUUGAAGGUCCUAACAUGGCUGAAUGGAUGGAAUUUCAUAUAAGUUUUGGUUUAUUUCAUUUUUAACUGAGGGGUGUUCAUAUUUGAAUAAAAAUAAUUUUUUUAGAUAACAUGCUAUUGGAGUUUAACGAAACUAAAUUAAAUGGAAUUUUGUCUUCUUGUUUUCAUGGUAGCUAGCCUUUUGUACUGAAGUUUGAUUAAGGAAAUUCAGGUGCAACCGGUACUUAAAAAGAGUAGAAUGUUGAUACUGUUUUUUAUUUUCACGGGUGUAGGUGAGGGUUUCCCUCUAUCUAUUUAUUCUUCAAGCUAAAUCUUUUACUACAGAGUGGAAAAUGACAAGGUAGAGCUGAUCUAGGUUUUGGUUGAGGCUUCCAGCUACUUACUGUUGCUUCCUUGUGCACUGGCUUGGUUCUUAAAAUCUGAUAUGCAUAUUGAACCAAUUUUUUAGAUACUACUGUGUUCCUGUGAUAUGAAGCUAGUAAUUUGAGUAAUUUGCAACCUUGUGCCUAAAAUUGUUUUGAUUUUCCAAAUUGACUGCGAACAAUUGCUUUCUUCAAUUCAGAAGUGGGAGAAUAACUGAGAUUUCUUCAUGUGAUUUCUGAGACGUAAAGGCCUAAAAUUGAAGGUUGCCUUUCGUUUAUCUAGUUAGAGAUCUCUUUUCUGAAGUGAAAACUUUUGGAGUUGAAUUAUGAAUAGGCGAUCUGGGUUUUUCCUAUAAUUUGUUUGUGGGCAUCUAGUUUAAUCGUCUGACUUGGUUCUCAUCCUUUUGUUUGUGCCAUCUAGUUUAAUUGUCUGACCUGGUUCUUGUCCUUCCUCUAAUGAUUAGUCCAUUUGUUCUAUCACUUUAUCUCUCUUGAGUAGACUCUCAUGUGUUAGUGUUAAUUUUCUUUCUGUUUAUUUCUUUGAUGCACCCGAUUAUUUUCAGGGAAUCUUUUCUUAAAUAAAACACCUCAUCUGGAUCGUCUAGUUCACCAGGGAAUCUUCACCCACGUCUCUAUGGUGAUAGAUGUUGGCUGGCUCUAAUGAAUCCCAGACAAACUGCAAUUCUUUCCCUGUUAUUUUACAAGAAUAUUCAUGGAGGCAUAAUAGUAACGAAAUGUCAGUCAUGCAAGCAAACAAUGGCUCAAUGGAAGGUGAAGAUGAUCUCAUUCAGAGAUCUGUUAUCUUUAAUGGGCAGGCCUUGUCAAAUUUCUCUAAGAUGCAACGUCAAGAAUUGUCUCUUAGUCUCGGUUCACAGAUUCCUAUCUCUAAUUCAGACAUCUCAAUGUUGAAUUCUCAUCAAUCUUCAGAGAAUGGGGAUUCAUGUAGAGAUGAUACUAGAAACAAACAUUUCCAUGCUAAUUCCUCUACUUAUGCACUUACAAAUCUUGCUAGCAACAUUUCAAAUUCUAAGUACCUCAAAGCUGCACAGAAGUUGCUUGAUGAAGUUGUUAAUGUCCACAAUGGUUUGAUACAGAAAGAAAGCAAAAAACAAAGCUACAAUGCUUCUGCAGUUUGCAAAGAUACUGAUGGGCUUUUGAAGAGCGAUGGAAUUCCAGCAAACCCUCAAGAAUCAACUGUGAAUUCUUCUAGUGAUCUUUCAUCUUCUGAAAGACAGGAUCUCCAGAACAAAGUUACUAAACUUUUGGCUAUCUUAGACGAGGUUGAUAGAAGGUAUAAGCAAUAUUACCAUCAGAUGCAGAUUAUAGUGUCAUCUUUCAAUGUGAUGGCUGGAAGUUGUGCUGCCAAACCUUACACUGCACUAGCCUUGCAAACGAUUUCGCGGCAUUUUUGCUGCCUAAGAGAUGCAAUCAAUGAUCAGAUUCACUCCACAAGAAAAACCAUUGGAGAUCAAGAGAGCCCAAGUACAAAAGGGUGUGGAAUAUCUCGGCUUCGUCAUAUAGACCAGCAUUUAAGGCAAGAGAGGGCCACGCAGAAGUUUGGUAUGAUGCAACCACAUGCUUGGAGGCCCAAAAGGGGGUUACCGGAGACCUCGGUUUCAGCUCUUCGGGCGUGGAUCUUUGAGCAUUUCCUUCAUCCUUACCCAAAUGAUACUGAGAAGUUAAUGCUAGCAAAAGACACUGGAUUGACAAAAAGUCAGGUGUCAAAUUGGUUUAUAAACGCACGAGUCCGUCUCUGGAAGCCGAUGAUUGAGGAGAUGUACAAAGAAGAAUUCGGCGAGACUGAAGUGGACUCAAAUUCUUCUUCGGAGAAUCCACCGAAAGGCAGAGAUGAUGCCUUUGUCAUCUGAAGAGGGGGGCCGACUUGCUUCAAAGUCAAGGCCACUUCUCUAUCUCCUCAAAAUCUAACCUAAUUCCAAACACGGAAAUCUUACAAUUAGACGACGGCAAGGGAUUCACGGCUUAUCAAAUGACUGAAAUGUCCCUCAGGUUGGGCCUACAGAAUGACGACGAAGGAGGCAGCCUCAUUCAUUUGUUACACGAUUUUGGGACUUGAAACUUGUAUAUGUACAGUAGUGUGUUAUGGGCAAUUGUGAGAAUAACAAGCCUAAGAUUGAACUCUUUGGAGUUUUGCUUGCAUGUAUCUUUAGAGAAAAGGAAUACUAGUGAAAGGGGUGGUUGGUAGA